AAUAGUACAGGCUGUCAAUUGGCCAGCGAGUAAGACUGACGUUUCCAUGGACUAAUGGGGGGCAGCGGCUGCCGCAGGGGCCCGCCUGCAGAAGGGACAGGAGGGAAGCGGUGGCCGAGGCAGCCGCGGCUGGACUGGGCUCGGGCCCGAAGGCCAGGGGGGGGGUACCCAGGCUUACCUUUGACCUUCUCCUGCCCGCCUCCCGCCUUGGCUUGCGAAUCCCGCCCCUAAGUUCUUCUGAUCCAGCGACUUAGACCCGGACCCAAACCAUGUUCCCGGUAAAGGUAAAAGUGGAGAAAUCAGAGAUGGAGAUGGCCAAGGCCCGGAACCAGCUGGAUGCCGUUCUUCAGUGUCUGCUGGAGAAGAGUCACAUGGACAGGGAACGUCUAGAUGAAGAUGCUGGGAAGACACCCUUGGAUACACACAAGGAUUGCUCCAUCGCUGCCACUGGCAAAAGGCCAUCUGCCCGCUUCCCCCACCAGCGGAGGAAGAAGAGGAGGGAGAUGGACGAUGGGCUGGCCGAGGGGGGUCCUCAGAGAUCCAACACAUAUGUGAUCAAGCUGUUUGACCGGAGUGUGGAUUUGGCCCAGUUCAGUGAGAACACACCAUUGUACCCCAUCUGCCGUGCCUGGAUGCGCAACAGCCCCUCAGUGCGGGAGCGAGAGCGGGAGCGGUCACCCAGCUCACCGCUGCCCCCUCUGCCUGAGGACGAGGAGGGUUCAGAGGUCAUUAACAGCAAAGGUCGUGACGUGUACAAGCUGCCUCCACCCACAGCCCCUGGACCACCUGGAGAUGCCUGCAGAUCCCGAAUUCCGUCCCCACUGCACCCUGAGAGCCAGGGUACCCCCGAUGAUGAACCUUCCGAGCCUGAGCCUUCUCCUUCUACGCUCAUCUACCGCAACAUGCAGCGCUGGAAACGCAUUCGCCAGAGGUGGAAGGAGGCAUCUCAUCGGAACCAGCUCCGUUACUCAGAGAGCAUGAAGAUCCUGCGAGAGAUGUAUGAUCGGCAGUGACGUCCCGGCCCCCACCCAAUAAACCUGCUCCUAGCCCAUUCUUCCGGCCCAGACAUAAGGCA